AUGAAUAAAUCAGAUCGAAACACCCACAACACAAACACCCAUAACACCAACACCCAUGACACCAACACCCAUAACGCCAACACCCUUAACACCCACACUCUUAACACCAACAUCCUUAACACCAACAUCCUUAACACCAACAUCUUUAACACUUACACCCAUAACACCAACAUCCUUAUCACCAACACCCUUAACACAUACAUCCAUAACACCAACACCCAUAACGCCAACACCCUUAACACCCACACUCUUAACACCAACAUCCUUAACACCAACAUCCUUAACACCAACAUCUUUAACACUUACACCCAUAACACCAACAUCCUUAUCACCAACACCCUUAACACAUACAUCCAUAACACCAACACCCAUAACGCCAACACCCUUGACACCCACACUCUUAACACCAACAUCCUUAACACCAACAUCCUUAACACCAACAUCCUUAAAACCAACAUCUUUAACGCUAACACCCAUAACACCAACACCCAUAACGCCAACACCUUUAACACCCACACUCUUAACACCAACAUCCUUAACACCAACAUCCUUAACACCAACAUCCUUAAAACCAACAUCUUUAACGCUAACACCCAUAACGCCAACACCCAUAACGCCAACACCCUUAACACCAACACCCGCAGCACCAACAUCCAUAUAACUAACAUCCAUAACACCAACAUCCAUAACACCAACAUCCUUAACACCAACAUCCAUAACACCAACACCCUGAACACCAACAUCCUUAACACCAACAUCUUUAACACCAACAUCCAUAACACUAACAUCCUUAACACCACCACCCAUAACGCCAACACCCUUAACACCAACACCCGCAGCACCAACAUCCAUAACACCACCACCCUUAACACCAACACCCGCAGCACCAACAUCCAUAACACCAACAUCCUUAACACCAACAUCCAUAACACCAACACCCUGAACACCAACAUCCUUAACACCAACAUCUUUAACACCAACAUCCAUAACACUAACAUCCUUAACACCACCACCCAUAAAGCCAACACCCUUAACACCAACACCCGCAGCACCAACAUCCAUAACACCACCACCCUUAACACCAACAUCUUUAACACUAACACCCAUAACACCAACACCCAUAACGCCAACACCCAUAACACCAACACCCAUAACACAAACACCCAUAACACCAACACCCAUAACACCACCAUCUUUAACACCAACACUCUUAACACCAACACCCGCAGCACCAACAUCCAUAACACCACCACCCUUAACACCAACAUCUUUAACACCAACACCCAUAACACCAACACCCAUAACGCCAACACCCUGAACACCAACAUCCUUAACACUACCAUCCAUAACAUUAACAUCCAUAACAUUAACAUCCAUAACACCAACAUCAAUAACAACAACACCCUUAACACUACCAUCCAUAACAUUAACAUCCAUAACACUAACAUAAAUAACACUAACAUCCAUAACACCACCACCCUUAACACCAACAUCUUUAACACUAACACCCAUAACACCAACACCCAUAACGCCAACACCCUUUACACCAACACCCGCAGCAUCAACAUCCAUAUAACUAACAUCCAUAACACCAACAUCCAUAACACCAACAUCCUUAACACUAUCAUCCAUAACAUUAACAUCCAUAACAUUAACAUCCAUAACAUUAACAUCCAUAACACCUACAUCAAUAACAACAACACCCUUAACACUACCAUCCAUAACAUUAACAUCCAUAACAUUAACAUCCAUAACAUCAACAUCCAUAACACCAACAUCAAUAACAACAACACCCUUAACACCAACAUCCUUAACACCAACAUCCUAAACACAACCAUCCUUAACACCAACACCCUUAACACCAACAUCUUUAACACCAACACCCAUAACGCCAACACCCUUAACACCAACACCCGCAGCACCAACAUCCAUAUAACUAACAUCCAUAACACCAACAUCCAUAACACCAACAUCCUUAACACCAACACCCAUAACGCCAACACCCUUAACACCAACACCCGCAGCACCAACAUCCAUAUAACUAACAUCCAUAACACCAACAUCCAUAACACCAACAUCCUUAACACCAACACCCAUAACGCCAAAACCCUUAACACCAACACCCGCAGCACCAACAUCCAUAUAACUAACAUCCAUAACACCAACAUCCAUAACACCAACAUCCUUAACACCAACAUCCAUAACACCAACACCCUGAACACCAACAUCCUUAACACCAACAUCUUUAACACCAACAUCCAUAACACUAACAUCCUUAACACCACCACCCAUAACGCCAACACCCUUAACACCAACACCCGCAGCACCAACAUCCAUAACACCACCACCCUUAACACCAACAUCUUUAACACUAACACCCAUAACACCAACACCCAUAACGCCAACACCCUGAACACCAACAUCCUUAACACUACCAUCCAUAACAUUAACAUCCAUAACAUUAACAUCCAUAACACCAACAUCAAUAACAACAACACCCUUAACACUACCAUCCAUAACAUUAACAUCCAUAACAUUAACAUCCAUAACAUCAACAUCCAUAACACCAACAUCAAUAACAACAACACCCUGAACACCAACAUCCUUAACACCAACAUCCUUAACACCAACAUCCUUAACACCAACAUCCUUAACACCAACAUCCUUAACACCAACACCCUUAACACCAACAUCCUUAACACCAACACCCUUAACACCAACAUCCUUAACACCAACAUCCUUAACACCAACACCCUUAACACUAACACCCUUAACACCAACAUCCUUAACACCAACACCCUUAACACCAACAUCCUUAACACCAACAUCCUUAACACCAACACCCAUAACACCAACACCCAUAACGCAAACACCCUGAACACCAACAUCCUUAACACUACCAUCCAUAACACCAACAUCUUUAACACCAACAUCCAUAACACCAACAUCAAUAACAACAACUCCCUUAACACCAACAUCCAUAACACAAACAUCCUUAACACCAACAUCCUUAACACCAACAUCCAUAACACCAACAUCCUUAACACCAACAUCCUUAACACCAACAUCUUUAACACCAACAUCCUUAACGCCAACAUCCAUAACACCAACAUCCAUAACAACAACACCCUUAACACCAACAUCCAUAACACCCUUAACACUAACAUCCUUAACACCAACACCCUUAACACCAACAUCCUUAACACUACCAUCCAUGACGACGACAUCCAUCACACCACCACAUCUGCAUUAACAACAUUCGACAAUCAUAUAACCUCCGAACAGUUCUAUUUAUGUGACUUAAUGCGCUGCGGUUAUAUCUCUGACAGCAAGUGGGAGCAACAAAAGUUCUCACAUUUCAAUGAUAAAGAUCGCUCAUCAUUACAUCUGUACUGA